AUGAAAGGAAUUUCUUGCCAAAGUGUCACUGAUGAGAGUUCAAUAGUUACGGUCCCUUCCAAAGAAACACCGCACCAGAGUAUCACGGACGAUAGUUCAAUGGUCACUAUCUCUUUCCAAGAAAAAAAUCAAAGCACUUUCGAUGGGAAUUCAACAAUCACAACCUUUUCUCGGGAAGAAACUUCACAAAGUAUUACCAGUGAGAGUCCAAUAACUAUAGCUUGUUCACAAGAAGCUCCAAAACAAAGAACCGCCGAUGAGAAUUUGCUAGCUACCGCCUCUCUAAAAGAAGACACUUCAGGCCAAAGUACCACCAAAGCAAAUUCAGUGGACGUGUCCUCUUCACAAGAAAUUCAAAGUGCUACCGAUGAGAGUUUGAUAGUUACCGCCUCUCUAAAAGAAGACAUAUCAAGCCAAAGUACCACCAAAGAAAAUUCAGUGGACGUGUCCUCUUCACAAGAAAUUCAAAGUGCCGCCGACGAGAGUUUGAUAGCUACCGCCUCUCUAAAAGAAGACACUUCAAGCCAAAGUAUCACCAAAGCAAAUUCAGUGGACGUGUCCUCUUCACAAGAAAUUCAAAGUGCCACCGACGAGAAUUUGAUGGCUGCCACCUCUUUAAAAGAAGAUACUUUAAAUCAAAGUGCAAUCGAAGAAAGUUCAGUGGACUUGUCCUCUUCACAAGAAUCUCAAAGUGCCGCUGAUGAGAGUUUGAUAACUACCGCCUCUCUAAAAGAAGACACUUCAAGCCAAAGUACCACCAAAGAAAAUUCAGUGGAUGUGUCCUCUUCACAAGAAAUUCAAAGUGCCACCGGCGAGAAUUUGAUGGCAGCCACUUCUUUAAAAGAAGAGACUUUAAAUCAAAGUGUAAUUGAAGAAAGUUCAGUGGACUUGUCCUCUUCACAAGAAUCUCAAAGUGCUACCGAUAAGACUUUGAUAGUUGUCACCUCUUUAAAGGAAGAUACCUUAAAUCAAAAUGCAACCUCAAAAAGUUCAGUAAACGUGUCCUCUUCACAAGAAAUUCAAAGUGCCGCCAAUGACAAUUCCAUAUCUUCCCAGGAAAGUCACGAACAACCUGUUGCCACCCUACAAAAACAAUCAGGCGUGCUAUCCAGAAUCCCAGUUGAAAUUUUCAUAAAAAUCUGCAAAGAUGUUCCUCCACACGAGCUUUUUUACCUUUCAAAGUUGUGCAAGAGAUUCCAUGUUUUGUUGAUUUCAUCUAAUUUUGGUACAGAACAGAUUUGGAGAUCUUCAAGAAAAAAUUUCAUGAAAGCCUUACCGGACCCACCACAAAAUUAUUCCGAAGGACAUUGGUUAUUUCUGAACAUGGUUGACUUGGGGUGUCAAUUUUGCGGAUCGGGAGCUAUCGAUCCGAAGGGAGAUCUGCCAUCGGAAAAUCCCGUUAAAACAUAUUGGAUGUUUCGCGUGAUGUGCUGCAGAAAAUGCUUGAAGGAGAGAACUGUAACGAAGUUGCAGGUAGAGGAGAAAAAAAGAUUCGUGCUGAAUUUCCUUCCGUGCUUGGAAUUAAAUAAACGACCAAAUAUCUAUUGGAAUUCACACGUUGAAAAAAUUUACGAAGAGUAUCUUCAAACUCCCCGUGAAAGAUACUCACAAUGGCUCAAUGAAAAACGUGACAGCAUUUACACGAAGAAAUGCAUAGCAAGUUAUUGUGCGGGUAGGUCUGAUGAUAAUAUCAAAUCCAACGCGUCGAUUAAAAAGAAACGUUUUAAGAAUGUGGCGAAUGUAUUAUCAAGCAAGGUACCCAACGAUGCAGGGAGGGAAAUAACCAGAGUGAUUUCAAAAAUUAAGCAGCUUCCAACAUACAAGGAAUAUUGGAAGAACAUAAAUUCUGUAGUGUUAUUUAAUGAAUAUCAUUGGCGGAAGUUUGAAGAAAAAUUGUUGAAGGAAUGGGAGGCAAACCGUAGAUAUGCCGUCACAAGGGAGAGAUUAUACUCCGUAGCUUUGAAGAUUAAUAAAGAUUAUUCUUCAGACAAAGCGCUUUUCGACUAUCUUUAUCAUUGUCCAUCGUUCAGGAACAAUUAUCCUCCACAAUUCAGCAAUCCAAACGAGUCUCUGGAUGAGAAUUUUGUUGAUAAAGAAUUCAUACCAAAACUAAUUAUGGAAGCAUAUAAAAUUGCCAAUGAGACCGAAAGACCCCCUCCGAUCACCACGGUUGACGGAAUUAUGAAAUUUCGGUUAUAUUCACUCGAACGUAUCAAAUGCCAUUUUGAGGAGAUACAUGAAAUUAAUGGAAAGAUUGUCGACUUGGAUAAAAUGAUUGAAGUGGAUUGGUUGGAAGUAGGAAAACAAUUAUUGAAUCGAGACGCUGAAUCAAUUUGUUUCCACUUUCCUCUCAAGGAUGUUUUUAACCCGUUCAAAAAGAAUAGAAAAUUAAUGUAA